AUGAAGGGUCUCACAGCAGAACCAAAGCAGAGUCCGCUCAAGGACCUUUCACACAUAAUCACCAUGUUGCCGACAACAAUUCGUUCCCCCCCUGCCGUGGGAGACUACAUCCCGAUCGAGGAGCAUCAGUCCCAGACUCCCGAGACCUUCUUCGGCGGCAAACCUGUGCUGCAUUACCACCUCGAGGGUGCCAAGGCAUGGAUCCCCGCGUCGCAGAAGGGCAGCCUGGCUGUGUUUCCCGCCGAUGCUUCUACGACUGCGACGGCGCCUGAGGGCACGACGUUGAGGGAACUGGGAGAGGAGCUCACGGAGCAGCAGGUUUCCGUCUUUGUUAACUCAGAAAACUUUACAAUCUUCUCAACGGCCGCCGGAGCUGGCGUCUUGAUUCCCUACCCGUCAAUCUCGAUCCACGCAGUCAAGCAAGUCGGUACCAUUGGGGAUGCGACACCGCUCCAGGCUAUCUGGAUGCAAUUGGAGCUCGCGGACGGCGGCGACGGCGACGACGAUUUCAACACGAUCGAUCUGACCCUUGUACCCGCGGUGACGGCUGGCGCACAGGCCGAUGUGCAGAAGCUCUACGAUGCCAUCUCUGCGUGCUCCGAUCUCCACCCUGACCCCGCCGAUGAGGACGACGAGGACGAAGACGGCAGGAUCAUCUUCGAGGGCGACCACGAACCCGUAGAGGGAUACACUGGCGUCUUGCACGGCGCUGCCGACGGGGGUCUGCCCCCUGCAUUCCCCGGCAGCGGCGGAUGGAUCACGGCGGAGAACGUACAUUUGCAUUUUGACGCCGAUGGAAACUGGAUUGGUGGACAGAACGGCGAGGAGGGCGAGGAUGGCGAGAACGCGGGCGAACUUGGCGAGGGUGCAGGUAGAGUCAGGGCCCGCGACGAGGUCAACGACGGGGUGAACGGACAUGAGGACUCAGAGAACAAGCGGCCGCGUGUCGAUGAGCAGUAG